CAUAUUCGUACCGGCAUCACAAAUUUCGUUGUUUAAUUGAACAAAAUGGUCGUUAAACGCAAAGCGAAACGCCUGCCGGAGGAGUUGCAAGACGAAAAAGAACGGACGAUUCAGCAGGACCUUCAGGAGUGACUAACCAGCCAACCCCGCGACAAACCGGACCACGUGCACAUAAACAAAACUAUCGAAAGACAUCACCAGCAGAAAACGCAAUCAGGAUAAAACAGCAGAACGCGCAACGCCAAGCAAGGAGAAGGGCAAAUAUGUCAUCAGCCCAACGGCGAUCUAGGCAACGCAGAGACAGGGAAGCGCAUGCCCGGAGACGUAGUACCGCCUCAACAGAGCACCAACAAAGCGUUAAUCGACGGGAAAGAGAACGUCGUGCGCAGCGCCGUGCAGCAAAUCCCGGUGUGAGAGCGGAAGAACGUCAGAGAGAUGCAACAGCACACGCACGAACACGCCGCAUUAGCAAUCUGUUAAACCCGCAGAUUAUAGCCACAACACUUGAACAAAAAAUGCAACAAUUCAAAUGGUCGACCUGCAAAAAAUGUAACGAAGCCUGGCCUGGCCUGAAGCUCGACAGCAAGCAGCUCUGUGCAAACUGCCGCAAACCGAAUCCAAAAUUUGCGAAAAGCAACAAUAUGGAUCCUGGCGAAAUUCCACCCGCACUGAAAUGCUUAUCGUUUAUAGAGCAACAGUUAAUAGCGAAAGUCCAUCCCGUUGUCUCCGUAUACAAAAUUGGUAAAGGUCAACAGCUGGGAUAUACUGGAAACGUUAUUAACUUUCUGCAAGAUGUGAAAGGUUUUGCAAAAAAACUUCCACACCACCCAAGCGAUCUCAUGUCUGUGGUAGUCACCAGUCGCCACGAUGCUGACAACUACACGGCGUUCAGAGUAUCCGCAUCGAGAGUACGACGGGCGUUGUUAUGGCUUAAGAAGCACAACAUGUGGUACAAGGACAUCCAAAUCGACGAAAGAGCACUGAAUUCUUUGCCCCAGGAUGGUAAUCUGCAUUCGCUACUGGCAACUAUGAAUGCUAUACCAGCGGAGUUUUCUGAUGAGGUUGAACGAGUUAGCGACACUGGUGUGCCCAACAUAAUGCAAAUUAACCAGGCAGCCCAAAUCAGGGAAGCCAUUGGAGCGGACGAUGUACGGGUUCCGUAUCCGGCAAUGAACGAAGUGCCCAUCGAUGAAUUUAACACUGCCGGUUACAUAGCCCAAGCGUUUCCCUGUCUAUUUCCAACCGGAAAUGCUGAUCUGCGAGACAACCGAGGACGCGCAAAUCCAGUUACAGAAACUGAAUAUUUCAAACAUUUAAUGCGCCUUGCGGAUGGGAGAUUUGCGAAGCAUCCUACGUUCCGGUUUUUUGCCUUGAACAGCGUCUUGCGUUGGCAAGCUCUCCAAACAGGCCAAAUUUUUGUAAGGAAAAGCUCCUUGGGAAAUGUGACAUCGGAGCAGCUACGGGAGAUGUUAAAUCACAACCCGCAACUCAUCAAGCAGAUUAUGAAUUACGGGGCUAAACUGCGCGGCACCCGAUCAUACUGGUUUCAACGAAGCGCGGAGUUAGCUGAUAUGGUCAGGUCAAUUGGCGUACCGACAAUAUUUUUUACUUUGUCAGCGGCAGACCUUUAUUGGCCAGAAAUAUUUGACCUGAUCGAUCCGACGACAACCUCCGAAAACUGUACCGAAAAGGAGAUACUUCGAAGACGAACAAAAGCGUUACAAGAGAAUCCGUUAAUUGCAGACUGGUACUUUGUGGAGCGCUCGCAGCAGUUCAUACACAAGAUACUGACACCACGGUGGAAGAUAAAAGAUUACUGGUAUCGGUAUGAAUGUGCACUGCUGGCUAAAAUGGACAAACGAUGCAGGCAGGCAAAACCUGAGAAUUCUGAUGAACCCUUUGGCGGGAUGUUUGUCUACCUAUUUGGAGACAUUAAUCAGCUACCUCCAGUGCUGGACAGGCCCUUGUACGGGGACGGCUUUGCUGGCGAGCUUGCCGACUAUGGACAGAUGAUCUACCGUACUGCAUUUACGAAGUCCUUCAUUCUUCAAACCUCACACCGACAGAGCGGCACCGACACCGAACAGCAGCAUUUACGUGAUGCACUGGAUCGAAUCAGCACCGGCGAUUCCACCCAAGAUGAUUACGACAAAAUUAUGACUAGAGUUCAUUCCCUUUUACCUGCCGAAGAUCAGAUCGGCUUUCGUGGAGCGCUUCAUCUAUUUUCGGAAAGAGACCCUGCUCGAAGCUUUAACGAAAAAGCCCUUACUAACCUUAAUAUGCCGGUAGCCCGCAUACGAGCGGACCACAACGGGAAUAUGGCAUCAAAGGGAACCGAGGAGCAGGCUAUGGGGCUGGAGUCAACCCUGUACCUUUCACGAGGAAGCCGAGUGAUGCUCAAACGCAACCUGUGGACUGCAAAGGGGCUCGUUAAUGGUGCCUUAGGAUAUGUCAGAGACAUUGUGUACGAACCUGGCACAUCACCGACGGAUUCCUUGCCAUUCGUUAUUUUAGUAGAAUUUGACAAGUAUACUGGUCCAACUUUCGCAAACAACUGCGUUCCAAUUGCGCCAAUAACAACCAAAUGGACGGAGAAGUCUCAAAACUGCUCCAGAACACAGUUUCCGUUAACCUUGGCUUGGGCUAUUACGAUUCACAAAGGCCAAGGCAUAACAUGCGACAAGGCCGUCAUACACAUUGGAAGACGUGAAUUUGCGUCUGGGCUUAUAUACGUCGGAUUUUCACGCGUAAAGUCUUGGAAUGGUUUGGCCGUCGAACCGGUCUUUCCAUUUCAGUUGUUGCAGUCGAUCAAACAGAAGAAAGCCACUCACCAAAGAAAACGUGAAUUAGAGCGGUUACAACGAAUGUCCUAA